UGGGGGAGGCGCGGAACCAAUGGGCGUCACGGCUCGCGCAAGUCGAGAAGCGCGGGAAAGCGCCCCUUGUUAACCGUGGCGGGAGCGUCUCCUGCGGGUCCUUGUCCUGCGAGCCACUCUCGCUGGGAAGUCAGUGCAGCUCCCUUGUCUCCUCUCGGGCUACCAUGGUGCGGACUAAAGCAGAUAGUGUCCCAGGCACUUACAGGAAAGUGGUGGCCUCUCGAGCCCCCAGGAAGGUGCUGGGUCCCUCCACGUCUGCCACGAAUUCCAGGGCGUUUUCGUCCUCCAGGAAAGCUGAAAAUAAGUAUUCAGGAGGGAAUCCAGUCUGUGUACGUCCAACUCCCAAGUGGCAAAAAGGAAUUGGAGAAUUCUUCAGGCUUUCCCCUAAAGAUUCUGAAAAAGAGAAUCGAAUUCCUGAAGAGCCAGGAAGUAGUGGCUUAGGAAAAACAAACAGAAAGCAGAUGCUGUGCCACUGAGCUCUAUCUCCAGCCCUGUUGAUGGACAUAUAAACUGCUUCCAAGAUUUAGCUAUUAUGCGUUGUUCUGCUAUAAAUAUAAGUAGUUUGUAUCACUGUAAUGUGAUGCUACUAUUUGGGGAAGAUACCUAGAAGAGAGAAGAGUUUUAUGUUCUUUUAGGUGCUUGAUUUGAAAGUUUAGAAGUGCACUGACUGCUACUCAUCUCAAAACACUCUUAUUUCUGUAUAUACUAAAUAAUUUUACAAUUCAAAAACUGAUCUACUUGAAAGGCAUAUUUGAUAAACUUUAAAAUAUUAAUUUUACUUUUUAAAAUUGUUGUUCUGCAGUAUUGGGAAUUAAAACGAGGGCCUUUGUACUUAACUACAUUCCUAGCCCUUUUUCUUUUUGUCUUUUCGAGACAGGGUCUCACUGUGCAGUUCAGGCUGGCCUUGGUGCUCACUUUGCAGCCCAGGCUGGUCUUGAACUCGCAAUAAUCCACCUGCCUCAGCCCCAGCCCUUUUUCUUUUUCAUUUUUUGGUACUGGGGAGCCAGCUCAAGACUGUGCUUGCAAGGCAGGCGCUUAUGCUGCUGAGCUAAAUCCCCAGCCCCCCUUUUCUUUUUCUUUAGACAGGGUCUCACUAUGUUGUCCAGGCUGACCUUCAACUCAAGAUGAUCCUAUUCCUGAAUACUAGGACUACAGAUGUGUGCCACUACACCCAACUAUUCUCAGCCUUUUUUCUUUUUGAGACAGGGCCUCACCAUGUAGCCCAGGAUGGUUUUGAACUCACAGCAGUCCUGCCUCAGUCUCCAAUGCAUAUUCAUGCCUGGCCCCAGCCUUUUUUUUGUGGUGCUGGGGAUCAAAGCCAGGGCCUUGUGCACAUAAGGCAAGAGCUCUACCACUGGGCCACAUCUCUAGCCCCCCAGCUCCUUUUUUUUUGUACCGGGGAUCAAAUUCAUAACUGCGCCUUACAAGGCAGGUGCUUAUGCCGCUGAGCUAAAUCUCCAACACUCCCCAGCCCCACCCAUUUUGUCUCCCUAAAUUUUUCAGGCUGGGCUUGAGUUUACACUCUGUCUCAGUUUACCAAGUUCAGGAAUUACAAUCAUGUAUCACCAUGCCUCACUGGAUAAAGCUUUUAAUGGGCUUUUCUCAUGAUCCUGUUUCUUCUAGUUCCCUCUCAUUGUCUGGUACCAUUCUUCCUGUUCUUAUUGUAAUAUGAAUACGCUAAUAGGCAAGAUUAGUCAGAGGACAUAUUUCAACCCUCUUUGUGACUUAUCUAAAUGUGACUAUAGCAUUGAUUAUCACAGAAAUAAAACCUGUACGAGAGACCUUCCUUCUCAUGGAAAGAGAUUAUAGAUAUAUUCUCAUAAACAACUUUAAUCCCUGGUAUAAUAAAGUCUGACCCAAAAAUUAGGUAACAGUUUAUUUUUUUUAACCUCUUUUCUUAAAUUUGCCUUUGUCUAGCACAGUUGUAAUUACACCUUAAUUGAAAUAGUAAAUAAAUUCACAAGAAAUGCUAACUUCUGAAUUCCUGUUUUGAAAUAGUUAUUUUUCUGGAUUUAUUUUUCUCCCAAAGGCAGUGUAAACUCUUACCUGCUGUAUGGAAGAGAAUCAGAAUCAAGAAAGAUUAUCUAGGGCUGGGGAUUUAGUUCAGUGGCAUAAGCGCGUGCCUUGCAAGCAGGCAGUCAUGAGUUAGAUCCCUGGUACCGAUAAAAAGGAAAAAGACCCAAAAAAAAAAAAAAUUUAAAAAAAAGAAGAUCUGCUUAAAUUUUUUUUAAAAAACAAGAUAAUGGAAUUGAACCUUGGAACCUUGGAACCUUGGAACCUUGCACUGAGCUACAACCCUACCUAGACUAGGCUUAAAUUUACAAAUGUCAUCCCCGGUACUGAUAAAAAAAGGAAAAAGACAAAAAAAAAAAAAAAAAAAAAACUUACAAAUGUCCCAGCAUGCAGGGUUACAGGUGUACACUAUCAUAGCUGGCUGGCCCUCUGCUUGAAUCCUGGACAGAAAUGAUGUCUAAAAGUAAAUCAAGCCCUUGCCAAAAAGAAGUCUGAGCCAUGGUAUUGUUCAUUUAUUAACUUGAUUCAAUUUCUUGAUUCACAUUGUCAUGGUGACAAUGUCUGUAAUCUACCAGUGUAGAUUAUCCUUUUAGCACUUAGCUUUUAGACCAUUCAGAUUGGAUCUAUUAGAAAAUGAAGGGGUUUAGAGUAGAGCUCACAAUGCUUUGUCAAUCCUAAAAUAAAAAUUCUAUAGUUAGGUGUGAUGUUGUACAUUUGUAAUCUUGACACUAAAGAGGGUGAGGCAGGAGGAUCACCUCUAGUUCAUAGCCAGCCUGGCUAAGCAGUUGAGUUCAAGACCAGCCUGAAACAUAUAGUGAGACUCUGUCCCCCACUCCAAAGAAAUUCUAAUUUGUGAUUCAGUUCUUAAUUGAUUUUUAUCUAUACAAAGGAUAACUACGAAGGAUAAUAACAAAAUGGCCUUGGGAUAAUGUAAGCUAUUUUUUUUAAAGUUAUUCUUACCAUAUGCUAAAUAAAUAAUUUUGAGAUAUUUCUCAUUCUUAUAUAGUCAUAUAAUCCAAAAGAGUAUAUUGUAAAAUAGAAAAUUUUGUGUAUGUUUUCUCUGCUCAAAUAGGUUGGUUAAUUUUUCUGUUUUUUAUUAUAAAAUUACUUUUGGUGUGUUUUUGUUUUUUGAGUGUCUUGCUAUGUAGUUCAGGCUGGCCUCAAACUCUGGGAUUACAGGUGUUCUGUAAAAUUCUUACUGUUUAUCAAUUUCCUUAACACAUUAAAAAAGAUGCUACAAGAAUGAGAGAUUCUUCGAUCUCCGGUACCAAUAAAAAGGAAAAAGACAAAAAAAAAAAGAAUGAGCGAUUCCUGUUGAAAUAAAGAUAAUAUAUUCCAAGUGAGAAACACGGAUUUUUUUUCAAAGUAACCGGCAAAAUAUAUUGCUUGAAAAUUUGUGCACUCAUACUUGAAAUUUUAUGUCUGUCAGUUAAUAAAGCUUCAUUUUCUCACA